AGUCUCAGUGAUGAGUUAGGCGCUGAGGCGUUGUGUGGAAGGAGAACAGCAACAGAAACAAGUAAAUGUCAAACAUAUGUUCAGUGCUCCAGUCAGCUGAUUCAUCUGAAGAUUCUUUGACGUGACAGCACAGUGAUAGACUCAAAUGCGGUAGCGUUUGUGAAAGUGACGUUGUAGUGAUCGUAGCGUGAUUUUAUAACUUUUUGAUAGCGAGGCGCAAAAAGUGAACCAUGAAUUUUGUCAGUUGCGGCGUAGUGUUUUUGUAUAUCUGGACUUCGACUUUUGUAUUUUCAAGUAAUCACUGCGUGUGGUACGACCAGUGCCAUGUCACCGAAUUCGCACAGAAUUGUCCUUACAAUGGAACAGCCAAACCACUGAACGAAACAGGCACAAAAUUGCUCCAAAAGUGGUGCCCUUCUUUUCUGCACAGGUUAAAUUCCACAUCGUAUGCGACGUGCUGUAGUGUCAGUCAGUUGGAGAAUUUAGAUGCUAGUAUCCAAAUAGCUAGCAAUCUCUUGAAGCGAUGUCCUUCCUGCAUGAUGAACUUUGCAACUAUUCUCUGUGAGUUUACUUGUGCCCCGAAUCAAAAUGAAUUUGUGAAGAUACUGCAGACAGAAAAAGAUGGGAACGUGACUUACAUCACUGCCAUAGAAGUAUUUGUAACGAACACGUACUUAAAUGGAAUUUUUAAUUCCUGUUCUCAUGUGUCAGUUCCUUCGACUGGUGAGCGCGCGCUUGAUAUCAUGUGUGGUGAAUAUGGUGCAUCACGUUGUGACGCCCAGAAAUGGUUCCAGUACAUGGGGGACCCAACUUUGAAUCCAGUGGCUCCGUUCCUCAUUAAGUAUUCCACCAGCAACGAGUCUGGGUUUAUUCCUUUGGAUCCUGGAUUCACACGAUGUAAUGAAAGUUUUGAUGUGAAUACUACUGCUUGCAGUUGUAUUGAUUGCACAGACAGUUGUCCUGCACCACCUCCCAUACCACCUCCUGUACAACCUUUCACUAUUUGUGGUCUCGAUGGUGGUGUUUUUAUAAUGAUCCUGUUGUUUUCUCUUGGAACACUAACAUUUUUGUCUGUUGUGUCUUGCAAGCACUGCUGCUGCACAGAUCAAUCCACUGGUCACGAAAAUGAGGUACCAAAUGAACGCACUCCCCUUAUGCAAAGCAAAAAUCGUUCCACACAGUCGAGUAGCACACAGAUAGCAAGCAGAGUUGGAGGUAAAGUGUAUGGAUUACUUGAACGUUUCUUUAUGAAGUGGGGUGUCAUUUGUGCAUCGUACCCGUGGAUGAUUAUAUUUCUCAGUGUGUCAUUUGUGAUUGUUUUAGCAAGUGGUAUACAUUUCACGAAACUUACAACAGACCCAAUUAAAUUGUGGGUAUCGCCCAGAAGUAGUGCAAGAGUAGAAAAGAACUAUUUUGAUGUCACCUUUGAACCGUUUUAUCGUAUGGAACAGAUAAUCCUUACAACAGUAGGACUUGACAAAAUAAUUCAUCAAACAUCUAAUGGCCCUGUGGAAUUUGGUCCAGUGUUUAACAGAACAUUCCUGUUAGAGGUGUAUAAACUUCAGAGACAGAUAGAAUUGCUGGGUCAAUCUGAUGGUGUCGGUCUUGAAAAAAUUUGUUUUGCCCCUCUCACAUCUCCUUUUACAGGUCCUGCACAGGUUUCAGACUGUGCAGUACAAAGUAUAUGGGGCUAUUACCAAGAUGACUUAGAUACUUUUAAUUCUACAAGUGAGGAAUCUAAUUAUACUGUAAACUAUUUAGAUCACUUUAAAGCUUGUAGUCAAAAUCCUUAUAAUAUCAAUUGUUUAGCUCGUUUUAGGGGAGCAGUAGAUCCUGCACUUGCUGUUGGUGGGUUUCUUAGUGAUGAAAAUAGUUUGUCAGAGAAUCCAAAUUAUGAGAAUGCCACAGCUCUCAUACUUACGUUCGUUGUCAGAAACUAUGAAAAUGAAACAGUGCUGCAACCAGCACUGAAGUGGGAGAAACUUUUUAUUGAGUUUAUGAGAAACUGGACGCAAACAAAACCUCCCUUUAUGAAUGUAGCUUUCAAUGCAGAACGAUCAAUUCAGGAUGAAUUGGAGCGCAGCUCAACAGCAGAUGUAAAGACAGUUUUCAUUAGUUAUCUGGCAAUGUUUUUGUAUGUUGCUAUUUCUUUAGGUAAAGUAACAGGAUCCAAAAUGGCAAAUAACCCUGAAAAUGUGCUUGAAGACAGUACCCAAGCCGGAGGAAGGAAUAGAGAGGAUUCAAAUUUGUGUAGUAAGAUAAUGAAAGAUUUUGCGUUGUUGUUGAUUAAUGCAAAAAUUUCACUUGGCCUGGGUGGUGUCCUUAUUGUUCUUGCAUCAGUAGCAGCGUCUGUAGGAUUUUUUGGAUACAUACGUGUCCCAGUUACUAUGAUUAUUAUUGAAGUUAUGCCUUUUCUUAUUUUGGCUGUAGGUGUAGAUAAUGUGUUUAUUAUUGUGCAGUCAUACCAGAGAAGCAAACGUUUUGAGAAUGAGAGUCAAGCAGAGCACAUUGGACGCAUUAUGUCACAUGUAGGACCAUCCAUUUUACUUUCAACUUUAGCUGAAUGCUUGUGCUUUUUUCUUGGAACAACAUCAGGCAUGCCAGCAGUUCGUGAAUUUGCGAUGUAUUCAGGUUUUGCUCUUCUUGUUGAUUUUGUCCUUCAGGUUUCUUGCUUUGUCAGUUUACUGGCAUUGGAUUCUCGCAGACAAGAAGACAACCGUUUUGAUAUCUGUUGUUGUGUGCAGAGCUCACAGUCAGACUCCAUUUCGUCUGAUGGUGUUCUGUAUGAAUUUUUUAGAACAAAAUAUGUUCCAUUCUUAAUGAAUUCAGCUGUACGGGCUUUUGUGUUUGUUGCUUUCUUUGGAUUUCUGUGUUUCAAUAUUGCUUUUAUUCCCAAUUUGGAAGUGGGUCUGGAUCAAGAAUUGUCUAUGCCAAGGGAUUCAUAUGUAUCAAAAUAUUUUGAGUUUAUGAAAAAUUAUUUGUCCAUUGGACCUCCUGUGUAUUUUGUUGUCCAUGGGGACAUUGAUUACUCACAAGAUUUUGUACAAAAUUCCCUCUGUGGCAGUCAGUAUUGUUACCAUAACUCGCUUACAACUAAGAUAUUUAGUGCUUCAAGGCAGCCAAAUAUCACAUACAUAGCUCGACCAGCAACUUCGUGGAUAGAUGAUUAUUUUGAUUGGUGUAGUAUUGAUAACUGUUGUAAAUAUUUUCCCAAUAAUGGCUCCUUCUGUCCAAAUGACUAUCCUAAAUGCAGAUAUUGUGAUAUCAAGCUAGAUAACCAUUAUCGUCCUGAAGCAGGAGAUUUUAAAAAGUAUUUACCUUAUUUCCUGGAAGACAAUCCCACAACAACAUGUGCGAAAGCUGGUCAUGGCUCAUAUUCUAGUGCUGUUAACUAUAAGUUUGAUAAUGGCACUUUGUCAGAGUUUAGAGCCAGUUAUUUUAUGAGUUAUCAUACAGUUCUGAAAAGUUCGAGAGAUUAUUAUGAGGCUUUUGGGGCUGCAGUUUCUCUGUCAGCAAAUAUAUCAAAUGCAAUAAAUGAGGUGUUAAGAAACAACAGCGUUGAUUCAGAAGUAAUUGUCUUUCCAUACAGUGUCUUUUAUGUUUUCUAUGAACAGUACCUAACGAUGUGGCAUGAUACACUUAAAAUCUUAGGUGUUUCUGUUGCAGGUAUUUUCAUUGUGACAUUUGUUUUAAUGAGCUUUGAUAUAGCAUCAGCUCUAAUAUUGAUGUUAACAAUAAUUGCAAUUGUUGUUGACAUUGCUGGAAUAAUGUACUGGUGGCACAUCUCACUGAAUGCAGUUUCACUUAUUAACUUGGUGUUGUCCCUUGGAAUAUCAGUUGAAUUUUGCUCACAUCUCCUACAUUUUUAUAUCCAUUCAGAUGAGAGAAAUAGAGUGUUGAGAGUCUCAGAUUCACUGACUAAUAUUGGGAGCUCAGUAUUUUCUGGAAUUACACUAACGAAAUUUGUUGGCAUAACAGUUUUAGCAUUUGCAAACUCUCAGAUAUUUCAGGUUUUUUACUUCAGAAUGUAUCUUCUCAUUAUUCUUUUUGGAGCUGGACAUGGUUUAAUUUUCUUACCUGUUUUACUAAGUUAUAUUGGUCCCUUGAGAACUAAAAGUGUACCCAGGAAUGUGCGGAUAAAUUCAGAAAUUGUAGGAGACAGCAGAGACAGCAGCUAGUUCACUGACAUUUUAUGAUGUUUGGUUGUGGUUGAUAUAUAUUGCCAUGAAUUUAUCCAGUGUACUAGAAGAGUUAGAAAUAUUCAUAAAUACUCUCUUACUAUACUCAUUGUUGUAGACUUACCAUGAAGAACCACGGAAGAGUUAGUCCAGGUAGAUUACUAAAUGUACAUCGAAGGAAGGAAUGUGAAAAGAAUUUUUUUUGUUAUGGCUACACUGAGCUUUGAUUCAGGAAUCACAGUAUUUUAUAGCUCCAACUGUAUGUGAUUAGUGUAUGUUUGUGUCACUGUUCCUAAAUAUUUUAAAACACAAGCAACUGUAGUCCAGUUAUUAUACAGCACCCAAGUAUUUUUCAAAGUUUUCGGUACUGUAUGCAGGCAUAUGUGUAUGAUUUUACAAUGAUAGUCAUGAAAGUUCUGUUAAAAUACAGACAGUAAAAUGGAAACAUCACUUUAAGAUAAAAAUAACUAUGCCAGCUUGUCAUUGGGUACUAGAAAUUCUUGAGCAUACUGCUUGUGGAGCUACAGAAUGUCACUCAUUUAUUUUCAUCUCAAGAGUGAUGAACAUAUAUUUGUGUAUUCAUUUUUAUUGCAAGUAAAAUGUUAUGUUUUUAAGGUUUGAGAUCAAUUGCAGAAAUUCACGACUAUACAGUCAUGUUUGGUGCGUUAAACGUGUUAUGAAGUGCAGUCAGCAUAUGAAAUUCAUAUUAGGUGUCAUUCAGUUUUCCAUCUCCAGCCCAUAUUGCAUUGUCAGUUUAUCUUGGAGAACAUGAACAAAAAAUGUUUCUAGAGAACAUCAACAAAACAGGUUUCAGCAGUUUAUUCACUUGUAUAUUAUGCAAAAACUUGUAUUCUUUACAAUAUCUUUCUACUUUGCUUUCUUGGACAUUGGUAGAUGAUUUGCUCCAUGUAAUUUUUUUAAUAAAGGUAAAUGUGUUUCUGUGUAUCAUUUACAAUGACAUGAGAACAAACAACAGUGAAAUUUCAUAAUGUAACAUGAAUUAAAUAGCAGCUAGAGACUGGUAUGGUUUCAGUUAUGUAUUUGUUCCAUUUUUCAAGCCUUAUGUGCCCAAACAGUAUCAUAGUAACAGGGGUAGAAUGAGAAAACACAGCUUUUUCCCUUAGAACCUGUACUUUAGUACCAUAUUAUUUUCUACUGUGAUAUCAGCGAUAUUGUUCUGUACCUUUUUUGUUUAACAUACCAGCACCAUAUACACACACCAAUUAGCUUAUGUGAGCAAACCCAUAUUACAUCUAAGGACUAUUAUGUCAGACUCACUGCAACUGUUGUGGAAAAGUUUACUUACAACAUAGCAACUAUUUUUGUAUUGUUUUAAUGAGAGAUACUCAUGUUGUUGUAAUUUUUUAUGUUAAUUUUUGCAUGUUCUUUAUAUUAUAAGUCUCUGUUGUAAUAUUCAGUGUGUAACUUAAUAUUUACAGGCAGCUGCUUAUGCUUGUCAUAGCUAGUGGUAUUGCAUUACAAUUUUCUUUAACUAUUUUCCACAAUAUCACCUACAGUGAUAAAAUACUAAGAAUGAUAUCAUGGAAAUAUUUAACCUGAAGUCCUUAGUUUCUUUAAUGUAGUAAUGGAGGUGCCCUUUUUUCAUUUGGUGAAAAAUAUAAAAUGUGCACGGAUAUAAAUGGCGGAAGAGUGAAUUCUCAUAAGAUAAACAUGUUAAUAAGAAUAUGGCCCAAAGUUUCAUUUUUCAUGUGUCUUUGCAAUGAUUUUAAAAGCUACUUGACAAAACUUGCAUUCUAUAAAUCGUUUGCUGAGAGUACACUUCAUAAAAUAUGUGAAUACAUUUUUUGAUUCACAUGUGUAGUAAUGCAUUUGACAGUUCAGUGAGAAUUAAUGGUUAAGAGAUGAGUGGUGGAGAUAGGAAUAUUGAAAAGCUUCUUAUUUACCUCCUCACCACCGAAAGUGCUGUCAAUGAUUAUACAGGCUGGGCACUCAAUUGGGAUAGAAUUUUCAUUCCAUGUGAAUGGGAUCGUGAUUCUUAAAGAGGCAAGUUGUUAUAUCCAAACUGAACUUUUCACUCUGCAGCAGAUUGCACACUGAUAUGAAACUUCCUGAUUAAAACUGUGUGCAGGACUGAGACUCGAGUGUGGGACCUUUGCCUUCUGUGGGCAAGUAUUUUACCAACUGAGCUACCCAACCACCUGAGCUUGAGCCUGGGUAGCUCAGUUGCUAGAGCACAUGCCUGAAAAAGACAAAGGUCACGAGUUUGAAACUUUUAUUUUGUCUUCCACAUUCAUAGCAACAUAUAUGAUCUUCCUACAGUAUAACAGUUAGUAAAUUCAUUAAACCUAAUAGUAAAAAGUAAUGAUCAAGCAAACUAAUUAAACGAAACUGGCAUUAGUUCUUUUAUUUGUUGCUCUGAGGUAAACUAUGUCAUUAGGUAGUUUUUUGCCAUGUAAAAGUUGUUCUUCACGCACUAGCUAAUUGAUUGGCACCAGAAUUUCAAACCAUGGCUUCAGUUUCUUUUUCCUUUCAUUUCUGUUCCAUUGGCUCCAUGUUUUCAAUUACUUUGUGAAUCUCUUAUUUGUGAUUGUUUGUUGUUCUAAUUGUCUUAGAUAUUGUGUACAAAAAUUAUGGUUUGUGCCAAAUAUAUUGAGGUUGGAAUAAAGCAACCUGCGUAUACUGCUUAGGAUGUAAUGAGUGUACAAAGAUAAAUUAUAAAUCUCACAGAUAAUGGUAUGCGAGUUAGAUAUGUAUUAGAUAUAAACACUGGUUGUGUUCCAGAAGACUGGAUUGUCUUGUUUGAUGUACAGCCACAAUCAUGAGAUGUUGUACUGAAUUUGUCUUACCUAACCACAAAUCUUCUCUUUGUGAAUGAAGAGGCAGCAAAUAUAGGAGUUAAGUUGUGAAACACUGAUCAUAAUCCUUUUUCCAUAUAGCUGAAUGGCAGGGUCAGCCCUGCGGCAAAAGUAAAAUAGUAUUAAGAGCAGUUACUUCUUGUUUCGUGUGCCGUUGAUUUUACUUAGUAUGUUACCUAUGUUCUAACAACGAUUAUAAAAAAAUGGAGUAAUGUAUGUAUCAGUUGCGUAAAUAUAUUGUGUUUAGUUGUAGUUCAUUGUAUUUGAACAGUAGUUUGUAUGAUCACUUUAAAUUAUAUCUGAAUGGUAGGAACUGUUAUUUUUAAUAGUUGCUCAUAUUUCUAAAACUGCUUCAGCUGUUAAGAGUAAACCGUCCCUUGGCAAAUCAGUAGUGAUUAUUAUAACAACAAAAGUUAAGGUGUCUUGUUUUAGAGUCAGUCAAAGAUUUGUCUCAUGGGAUGAUUUUCGUGCUUGUGAUGACUAGGAGUCAAAGAGUUUUGGAAAUAACAAUGCUAGCUAAAAUUAACAUAAAGGUGGCAUUAAAAAAAAUGAAUAUAGACCUAACUGAAAGCUCAUGUCUCAGGUAUUUUAAUAAGUCAAGGCUGUGACAGUGAUUCUUUUGUAGAAGUGUUAGCUGCUUUUGUAAAGCUGCCAUGUAAAUUAUUUAGCAGACUGAAUUUUGAUAAUUUGUAAUGUGCUGUAUUUUAUAUUGAUUACAUA